UGCCUACUUUUUUUACACUUUGCAUGGAGUUGAUCUUUCUUUUUAAGGGUAAAACCAAAGGGAAAUGAGUUUCUAUGUUUAAUUCCACUUCUUGCAUUAAUAGAUUUUUUUUGUGUCACUUUAAUCACGCUGUCAGGAGUUUCAGAAUCUUAAUAGCUUUUUUAUUACAAGAUAUACUGUUUAGGUAUUAUAUAAAUAUCCCAUAAAAAUAAUACAGCAUUAAACUGAUUUAACACUAAACACCAAAAGGAUCUGCUGAUUUAGCACAGCAAGAUGACUUUACAUUAAUAAUCAUUUUAAAACAAUUACACUAAACCGGUAUAUGAAUAUGUACAUGAGGCGUUGUCUGUUAGAUAAUUUGAAUGAGAUCAGCACUGCCUUCUUCCUGUCUGAGUCUUCAGAUGCUACUUUUUAUUCUGAGAUGACAGUGGUUUUGAGCAUAAUAAACAGCAUUAAAUAAAGAAUUUUCACAUAUUUUAAUGGUUUUGAUUAAUAGUUAUGAGUCAUAAUAAAAUGCUGAUUUAGCUACAAGAAGAUCUAAAAGUCUAGAUCAAGAAGACUAACCCCUCACUUACGAUGCCUGGAUGUUACAUUCAUAUUUGGAUGUUUUUCUUUGCUGUAUUGGCAAAAGAAACUGAACUCAAAGAAGUGAAGACGGGCUUAUACAGUCGUGUGGAGCUCACUGGAGAGAAUGUUACUGAUUCGUUCUCAGUGGAAUGGACCAAACAAAAAGGAUCACAAACGUGUCUAUGUUUAAGAAAAAAUAGCACAUUCAUGGCUUCAUACAGUGCUUGCUGUGGAACGGUUCAUUUCUUUUUGAACAAUAACAGCCUCGUUCUGGAGAACGUGACCGCAGAAGAUGAAGGAGUAUUCACUGAAACGAUAGUUCUACUAAACAGAACUACAAAACGGCAAAACUUUACAUUAAUCAUUCAAUACCCUCCGAAUGCAACAGAAAUCGUGGUCUCCUGGACCUCCAACACAUCUGUGACUCUCAAAUGUGAAGUGAGCGGCUUAUUUCUGAAUCUGACGUGGAAGAGAGAAGGAGUCCCUAUUCUAGAGAAACACAGACACUCUUUCAGUGAGAGAAACCAAACUCUACACAUCGACAACAUAACCAGCUCUGAUUACGGCACGUACAGCUGUAUUGCUACAAACUCAUACGGACAGUCAGAAAAGCACAUAUGUAUUACUGGUGAGAAUGGGGCUAAAGGUCAAACUCAGUCUGAUCAGAUUGUGCUUUCCAGUGGACUUGCGCUCACAGGUGUUUUGGGACUGUGCAUCGUGUUCUGCUGCCUUUACAAAUAUCAUCACAGUGAUGCAGACCAUGUCCAUGGAAUUUAUCAGGAAGUACCUGACUCUGAAGAGGUGACUUCUCUGUUGUACGUCAACACAGACUUCAUUAAACCAAAAGAUAGCAGUCAGGCCUCGGCUGCAGCUCUGCGCGCUCAGGUCUCUGGUUACUCUGAGGUGGGACUCACAAGCGGACAAGAAACUGUCGCCUGGCACUGGCUCAUUAAUGAUCAGUCCACGUCGCGUUCUGAUGCUGGAGAGGACAAAUUAUGUUCUACAAUAUUACAUUAAAUAAUAAACAAAAUGCUUUUCAUAAUCUGCAAA